GACACGGUUGGAGCUGAAACGCUGCAGGAACGAAUGCAUCUGUAGAAUAACUCUCAUAAUUAUAAUAAUAAUAAUAAUAAUAAAACGACCUGCUCAGCGCUACUACUUUACAACAUGGUUCAAUAACACUGGAGACGGAAGGAGUGGGCGGAUGGAGCACUGUGCAUGAGUGAAAGUGGGAAAAGAAAAGUCGUGGAUCAAUGAAGUGGGUUGUUUAACUUCUCUGAUUCUUCCAAACACGCACGAAAAAGCAUCCGAUUCGGGAACAAGGCAAGUGUGAUCACAGAGGUGGGAUAUCCUCACCGGAGCUCACCCACCUGUUGGACCUGCUAUCAUCCGUCCAGGUUUUUCAAAUAGAUAAAGGAAAUAUAAAUCUGCAGUGAAGCCAUGGACCCAACCAGUGCUCCAAAGGGAUGUGGCUCCAGCAUCAGCUCCAUAUAUUACAACCUGUGUGACCUGACUAAAGUGUGGGGGGUCGUGGUGGAGGCCGUUGCUGCUGCUGGCGUGGUGACCUCCUUUGUCCUGUUCAUCAUCCUCAUGGCCAGCCUACCGUUUGUGACGGACAAGAAGAGAAAGGGUACAGUGGCCCUGCAGGCUGGCAUUCUAAUCUUUACUCUGGGACUCUUUGGACUCACGUUCGCCUUCAUCGUGGGCCGGUACUCCACCAGCUGUGCUGCACGCAGGUUCCUGUUCGGAGUACUGUUCUCAGGUUGUCUAGCCUGCCUGGUGAUGCAUGGGCUGUGGCUCGCCCUGCUGGAGCGGAGAGGCCGGGGUCCCAGGGGCUGGAUGCUGUGCCUGGGAGCCCUGGGUCUGUGGUUGGUUGAAGUGAUCAUCAACACUGAGUGGCUCGUCAUCACUUUGGUCUGGAGGCCACAGGGCAGCGUCACUGUCCCUGACCUGUCCUGCAGCAUUGCUAACCAAGACUUUGUGAUGGCACUCAUCUAUGUUAUGGUACUGCUGCUAGCUGUGGUGCUGAUGGCUAUACCCUCACUGACACACAAGCACAAGCAGUGGCGCAGAGAUGGAGCCUUCAUCCUGGUCACAGGGCUCCUAACUGUGGCUAUCUGGGUAGCUUGGAUUGUCAUGUACAUCCAUGGGAACAGAGUGGCCGGGAAUCCCACUUGGGACGAUCCCACUCUGGCUGUAGCUGUGGUGUCAAACGCCUGGGUGUUCCUCUUCCUCUACACUAUCCCAGAAGUCUGCUUACUGACCCAGGAAGACCCAGACAAGGAAGAGCCCCAUGAUGGGGAACAUAUCUUUCCCACCAGGAGCCUGGUUUGUGACAACAUCCUUAAGGAGAUGGAGACGCCUCAUCAGAACGUGUACCUGGAGAACAAAGCUUUCACAAUGGACGAGCCUCCAACAGUGCCCACAAAGCCAGUGUCUCCGUAUGGGGUUUACAAUGGUCAGUUGCGAAGCUGUGUGUACCAGCCCACUGAAAUAGCCCUGAUAGCCAAGGGUCUGACAAAGAGGGACCAAGACGCUAUGAUGUCUCGAGCCACAUCCCCCUCUUUGAAUUCAGGAGGCGGCAGCAGCUCCCCACCUCUUUCAGCAAAUUCCUUACCAUCCUAGGGAGUGUCACACAGGAAGACUGUAGAGAGCACAUUGCACAUUCAGUUGUUGAAGCGAUGAAAUUAAUGCCUACC